AUGUCGGGCGCCAGUCAGGAGGUCAUCGACCACGUGGUGGUCAAGCUGCUGCCCGAAGACCCGCAGAUGCGCCGGCUCGUGGUCAACCACCGCAUGUUCCAGUGCGAGACCACGGGAGGGCGUGACAGAGGAGCGGUGUGCAGGGACGGGGGCUGGGGCGGCAGAAGUUACGAGCUGCUGGCGCCGGUAGCGCAGGUGUACCGGGACCUGCUGCCGAAGCUGUGCAGGUUCGAGGCCGCCCACGGCUCGAGGCAUGUGCGGGAGCUGACGGUGCCCUGCCUGUACGCGGGCCUGCUGCAGGCGCCCGACUACGCUAUCGUGCUGGAGAACGUGCAGAAGCGCGGCUUCAGGACGAUCAAGUCGCUGCAACUGCGAAAGCCGCAGCUGAACGCGGCAGUGCGAAGCCUGGCGCAGCUGGCCGCUACCUCUCACGUCUGGCUGCAGGAGACGUGCACCGAGGACUUGCCGUACCUGCAGGACAACACCAUCACGGACGGCCCACAGCUGGCUGACUUCAUCAGGAUGGGCCUGGAGCGUCUGUCGGCGCCGCUGGAGCUCGGCAGCCACCUCCGCCUGCGUCAGAGGCUGCUGCAGCUGCAGCUGUCCAGCGUGCGCCUGCUGGACGCCUUCCUGCAGCGGCUGCCCGCCUUCCGCGUGCUCUGCCAUGGCGACUUCCGCGACGGCAACCUGCUGCUGCGAGAGACGCCCGACGGUGACUGGCAGGUGCGCGCCGUCGACUGGCAGACCUCCCGCCUGGGCAGUCCUGCGCUCGACCUGCUGUACCUGCUGCUGUUCUCGCUGCCGCGGCGCGAGAUGGCCGACCUGGAGGAGGACGUGCUGGCCGCGUACGGCCGCCACUUCAACCGCAAGCUGCUGCGGGCCGACUUCACCGCCGCCAAGCUGGUCGGGCUGGUGUGGUGCCUGUCGGCGGUGCAGUUCUGGGAGCGAGUGCCCGGCUGGGCCGAGCACACCCUCGACCUAGCGCUGGAGGUGGAUCGGCUCGGCCUGCUGGACGGCCUACAGUGA